CACGCUAUUCACGCUAUUUCAAAUGUGGCUCGCAACAUGAGACCUCGGGUGCAGCUGCAUAAAUGCAAAGCUGGUUUGCGACCAGACCCAAGCGACAAUUGAUGUGCGCAGUUGCAGAGGUCUAAUCUGCGCUUAAGAGUUGGGGGGCCUCCCCAAAGCUUCAGGCCCGUGUCAGAGGUGGGCCUCAGCCGCGGUGGUAGAGCAAGGCUCACUCACUUCCCCCACUUUACUGUCACUCUUUUGUCACCUCAGAAUCAUGCAAACAGGAAACACUUCAUAUUUUCAGUUGAAGCACUGUGUGGCAACUUCCUCAUCUGCAAAACGGAGCAGUCAAAUGUUUCAGCAAACUGGCAAAACUGAACUGUUACGUUGUUUUUAACUGAGUUUGAGCUCUUGUUUAAAAAAAAGCAGGCAGGCAAGAGAGAGAAUGUAAAGGAAUGCAUUUCAGUCGAAGGUGCACGGUUGUUUUGUGAGAGGUUGCCACUAAGAAGUGUUUGCUGAUUGUUCAAACCGAAUCUCAAUGGAGAACAAAAAGAGACAGAGGCCUCGCAAGGACCAGGAACUAGCUAGUCGUGUGAGGCAAGCACCUCUAAUAUCUUCCUUGCCGGCCAAGCUGAAGUCCCAGCCCUCCUCGCCACAGUCUCGCUGCUCCUCCCCCUCCGUCCCCUCCAGCAAGCUCAUCUCGCCCUCUCAGAAGCACAGCAAGAAGGCCCUUAAGCAGGCACUGAAGCAACAGCAGCAGCGGAACCAGCGGAGGCAGUGUGUGAUGUCGCCCGGCUCCAGCCCCCGCCUCCUUCUCAAGACCACCGUGAAGGGUCUGUCCGACAGUGCCGCCGACGCCAAGCCAGGUAGCACAGAUUACCCACAAUCCAUCUCUCCAGCCCACUCCGCCAUCACCACCACCUACCCACGCUUACGCUCAUCAUCCGUCGCCAGCAAAGCAGCAGCCUGGGAACUGAAGCAAGUGGAGCGGCCCCCCGCCAGCCCCCAGAACUCCAGCUCCUCGUCUUCCUCCUCCUCGGCCAAAGCUGACUGCCCCCCUGCCGGCCGCAAGCUCUCCCAGCGCUCCAGCCGCCUCAGUGCACGUCAGCUGAAGCGCAGCCGAUGUGAGAUUGACGUGGAGACGCCAGACUCCAUCCUGGUCAACACCAACCUGCGCGCGCUCAUCAACAAGCACAACUUCUCCGCCCUGCCGUACGACUGCCAGCUCAAGCUACUCCAACUGCUGCCCGAGGUGGACCAGCAGGCUUGCAUGGACGGCCCUAUGCUGAAGGUCACCAGCUCUGCCUUAAACAACGAGUUCUUCACCUCCGCAGCACAGUCCUGGAAAGAGCGACUCUCUGAAGGUGAGUUCACCCCGGAGCUGAGGCUGAGGAUGAGGCAGGAAUUCGAGAAGGAGAAGAAGGUGGAGGUGUGGAAGGAGCGCUUCUUCGAGAGCUACUACGGAGAGAAUUCGGGUUUGAGUCUAGAAGAAGCGCAUGAGCUUCUCGCAGCUGCUAGCGAGCCCCAGCCCAAGGCACCUGUUCAACAGCCUGCAGAGCCUCCCUGCAAACCAGCAGUAACAGCGCCGGUCACCAGAAGCACUCGAGAGCAGAGGCAGGACCUGCAGAGGCAAGCGUCUCGAACAGAAGGCGAAUUGGCAGCGACGACGGAAAAGCCGCCGCUCAGCCAGACGGUGGUCUCCAGCAGCGUAGUACGGCGGUCAGAGGGCCCAGUCCUGAGAGGGGCGGCGAAGGCUGCCCUUGCAUCGCAACACACCCCGACGCCCCCCACACCCUCACUCCCUCCUCAAAAGGCAGAGGUUAGCCAUCCAGAGUCGUCCAGGGAUGCUUCCGCUUCCACACCAGAGGCCACCGCUGCUCUCGUGUCCGGCCCAGAGGAGGUAGCUCCGGCUCCAGCUCCAGGCCAGCCGGGAGGACCCCCUCCUCCAGCUCCAGCUCCACCCCCUACGCCUGCCACCGUCUCACCUGCCUCCCCAGUCGCCACCAUCACCACUCCUCCUCCCCCUCCCCCUGUCACUGCUACUGCUGACGCCCCUGUCACUACUGCUGCUGUUGCUGCUGCUGCUGCUGCUGCUGCUGCUAUUACUACGGCAACCCUCUCGGGAACUACUACACGAAGAGAUGCCCAGAAAGCCCCGUCGUCGUUGAGUAAGGGCGGUCCUGGAGACGCAGCAGGGGCUGCUGCUUUGGAGAGUGGUGUGGUGGUCUCUCCUGCUCCUUCUUCGUCCUCCUCUCCCCACCACGAGGUGCCGCUGCUAAAGAGGAAAGCCUCCUCCAUCCAGCAGGAGGCAGAGGCGAGCCCGGAGAGGAAGAAGAAGAAGCCUUGUCUGGCUCAGCCGCCAGGAACCACCACCACAGCGAUCACAGCACUGUCCCCAUCACCAUCACCAUCGACCACACCUACACCCACACCCACACCGACACCCCCUCCCCCCACAACCACCACCACCUGCUCGCCCUCACUGCCCUCUCCAGCAUCGUCACCACCUGCAGUCACUCCAACUAAAGAGCAGAGGGUACCGCCUCUCAUUAUCCCUGUGUCUCGCAUCAUGGCUGCAGCAGGGGCGGCGACCUCUCCCUCUCCCUCCCCGUCCCCGCGCGCCGUCUCCCCCCGGGCCCCGCUGGUGGUGGCCCCUCCCCGCUCCGGCCGCUCGGGGGCGCGGACGCUGGCCGACAUCAAGGCCAAAGCGCAGCAGGCCCGGGCCAAGAGGGCAGCGGCGGCGGCUGCGGCGGGCACCUCCCCGCGCGGCACUGUGCCAGGGCCCGGGCCCGGGGGAGGUGGUAGUGGCCCCCCCACCCCCACGUCGCUGUCCAGCGGGAGCGAAACGCCCUCCCCGGUGAAGCUCAGCUCGCCCGUCUCCUCGCCUCCCCCAGGAGCAGGCCGCCUCUUGCACGCACACCCCUCUUCCUCCUCCUCCACCGCCAUGGACCUCAGAACCAAUCAGACGCUCCACCACCACCACCACCACCCGCACGCCCUCUUCAGGCCCUCCCUGCUCCCACAACAGCCUCAGAGACCUCCUGCUGCGCUGACUGGCCCCCCUGUGGUGGGAUCCCCCCCCUCGCUGUUGUCCGGCCCCCUCGCGUUCGGCACAAAGUCCAGCUCUUCCUCCUCCGCCUCCUGCUCCUCCUCCAUCCCCGCCAACAACCCGCUGGUCACGCAGCUGCUGCAGGGCAAGGAGAUCCCCCUGGAGAAGAUCCUGCCCAAGCCCCUGGCACGGCCAGAGCACCCCCACACUCACCCCCACACUCACCUGCACCCACCUGUUGCCUCCAGCGAGGAGCCCACCGGCCGAACUCGCCAGCAGGGGGCGUCUCACGGGCACCCAGCGCCCCUCAAGCCUGGAGGACACCGGGGCGACCAGCACCAACAUCAGCAGCCCUCUCCUCAUCAGCAUCACCCCCACCCCCACCAUCACCACCACCACCACCACCCAGCGCCACCACCCAGAGACACCCUGGACAGGGACACCCUGACCCAGGAGCAGAUCCUCCAGGCCUUCAUGCAGCGGGGGGGGCAGCCAUACGCUGCAGCAGCCUCCUCCCAGCAGCAGGACACCCGAUCUCUGGCCGCCGCCUCCUCGCUGCAAGGCCCUCCCCUCGCCCCGCCCCCAGGCAGUGUGCAGCACCAGGAGCCGAGCUUCUUCCCCACGGGUCUCCUUCUGGGCCGCAAGCGCAGCACGCGCCCGCCGGCCGUGACGGGCCACUACCUGCUCAACGUGUCCACAUACGGCCGCUCGGACGCCGGCAAGCGCACCACCGCCGCACUGCAACACCCGUCCUCCGUGGCCGUGCCGCCGCUGCAAGUGAGCCUGAAGAGGGAGAGCCCGGACACGGCCAGCGGAGGAGGCGCAGGGGGGGAGCAGAGGCGGCUGAAAGAGGAGGAGCCUGAUGAGAGGAGGCCAGUGACGGAGGAACAGCAGGGGGCAAAGAGGGUGAAGACUGAGGAAGAGGAGGAGAGGUGCUCGUGGGUCAAGCAGGAGGCGGGGCUGGACAGCCAGAGUGGGGAGAUGAUGCAGAUGGAUGGCAGCACAGGCCACAGAGGCGGGGGCGGGAGUGGUGGUGGAUCAGAGGUGGGUGGCGACGGCCAGGCGUUGGGCCCCUGCUACGGCGGCACCAUCAGCAUGUCCGUCCCGGCCGCCCUGAACCACCACCACGCCGCUACCGUCGGCUCCGCGCCGUCCUCCGCUCAGACGCCCGCCGACACUGACCCUGACGCGGGGAACAGCGGCGGCGGCGUCAUGUCCUUCUCCGUCACUGUGACCACCAUCCCCGCCGGCCACCACCACCACCACCACCAUCACCACCACGCGGGGGGCGGCGACGCUGGGGGGGGCGGCGACGAGUCCCCCGAGCAUGCUGCCUUCAUGGAGGGGGCGGGAAGCAUGGCGGCUACCAUGGAGGAGGUGCAGUCCAAGUGCUACUGCCGCCUCAAGGCCAUGAUCAUGUGCAAAGGCUGCGGGGCCUUCUGCCACGACGACUGCAUCGGGCCCUCCAAGCUCUGCGUGUCCUGUCUGGUGGUGCGAUGACACGUGACGACGGCCGUGCGUGCAGGGCAGGGGGUUCAUUUCUUGAAACCAUAGUUGCUAACUACGUUGGCUACUCUGUUGUUUGCAACUCAAUUUCCCAUUGACAACUACCCAAGUUGCAAACUGCUAACAACUACGCUUUCGAGAAGCACACCCCAGGGCAGUGCUGCUGCAGCAAACGGGACUAUUCAGAAGAUGACUGACUGACUCCCUAAUACUCUUUUUCUGACGUUGUCUCUGUCUCCCUCUAUCUCUACUGUGUGUGCGUUUGUGUGUGUGUGUGUGUGUGUGUGUGUGUGUGUGUGUGUGUGUGUGUGUGUGUGUGUGUGUGUGUGUGUGUGUGUGUGUGUUUGUGUUUAGGAAGCCCUAAUACAGGAAUGGUCUCCUAAGGGGGGUGAGGUUACUCACCUCAGCCAUUAGUGGGAAAUCAAAGAAGCACCUUGACUUUCAAAAGUGAAAAAAAAAACACACAAGGCACGACUUUUGAGUAGUGGCAAUAUUUUCUAACUCGGGUGUUUUCGUUUAGUUUUCAAUGUUUUACGUAGUAUGGAGGCAAAGGUAUGUUUUAUGUUCUAUGUUCUGUUGCUAACUAGACACCUCUGAAAAAUAAAACAGGUUAUGGAUAUUUUUGUAGAACCUAAAGGGCAAUUCGGAAUGAUCCUGUGACCUUUUUUUAGCCACUGGGUAAGCUCACCUGCAGAGGGUGGGUGUGUUGAAUCCCUGACUGUGUGUGCUCUUCUCUCUCUCUCUCUCUCUCUCUCUCUCUCUCUCUCUCUCUCUCUCUCUCUCUCUCUCUCUCUCUCUCUCUCUCUCUCUCUCUCUCAUCUCUGCUGUAGUCUUCUCCUGGGGCAUAUUCUUCCUUUCUUACUUGGGUAUGUUGGUGGCAAAUCUAGUGAUACGUAUAUAUUAGUAACCUAUGGCUCCCCUAUUUCAUGGUUCACACCUCAUAGGGGGUUAAAGUAGCUGGGAUAGGUCACUAAAAAGCAUCUUUUUAGAAUAUGCUCGCCACGUACUUCUUCUCCAGAGCCACUUGUGUGUAAAAGGGCUACCCAUGAGUGUGUGGGUUGUGUGAGCUGACA